UGCCUUCUACCCAGCUCGCCAAAAGACCUUCUGCUUCCCGAGCCCAGAAGCUAACUAUUUCCACCCAUAUGGAUUCGUAUGUGGUGGAUAAUGCUGCCGGUCCUCACGGGUCUACGCUGAUCUCGGAUGUAAUGUCCCGGAUUGGCCAGAGCUACGGCAAUUUUGAGGCUCCUCAGUGGCAGUGUCUAACUGGCACUCGGGACCGCACUGUCCUGUACGAGAAGAGUAUCGAGCACACUGCCGCGGCUCUUGCUUUCACUGCCCAGCUUAAUUACGAGCUGAACAACGAGGUCCAUACGAGCAGGACCCUCGCCCAAGAGGAGAGGGACCUCCACCUUAAAGCGAAUGACGACCUGAAGGCAGUGAAUACUAAGCUCGAGGCAGUGGUUAAGGAGCGUGAGGAAAUGGCCAAGGAGCUCGGAAAGCUGAAAAACGAACUCGAGGAGCAGAAGAAAGACAACAUCCAGCUUCGGGAGACCAACAAGAAGCUCGAGGAAGACAAGGCCGUCACCCUCGACCUCAUGGAGGAUAUCAAAACCCGCCUUACUGCUGAGUUCAAAGAAAAGAAGGAAACGGCGGUCGAUUCAGCCAUGUACCGGAUGUGGGCCUAUAACGAAGAACUGGACACCAGUUUUUUGGGUCCCCUCGAGGCGUCCUUCCUCGAACGAUGGAAUGCCCGGCUCGAGAAGGAAGAGGCUGACCAGCUCGAGAAGGAUAAAGCUACUCCGAGUACUGUUUCGGAGGGAGCUCAGGAGGAUAGUCAUGCUAUUCGUCCUGAGGGGUCCGGUGCCACUGAUGCUGAGAAGGCCAAGGAGACUCCUCUUCUUUGAAUCUGACCUCGGGGAGAUCAGUUUUCGGGGCUGCGUCCCAUUAUUUCUGUAAUUAUUUCAACUUGUGCCCACGGGGCUGAUACAAUUCCCUUUAUUAUUCUUUUAUAUACUUACAUUUCUUGGUUCGAAAUAUUUUGCAUAUUUUUAUAAUUGAUGGACCGGUUAUGUUUAUUUAUGCAUACAAACAUAGUUUGGAUUUAGGCUCGAAAUUCGAUGCAUUCAUGCAUAGUUUAUUCGAUUUAUCCGUUUCCAACCUCGUUAUUUAUCAAGGUCGGACAUUACUGUAACCAUGAACUGAAAAGUACUUAUAUGGCAUGUAAUAUGAAUGAUUUGGUUAAUCUUUUUAGUCACUUUCCCUCAUCCUUAGUAUCUUAGCUCCGAGGUUAUGAGUUCGAAACUAUUUUAAGAUGUUCCAGCCUCGAUCUCGACAUAUUUUGUGACGGGUUUAGGCUCCCAUUCAUCAUUGAUCGAUAAUUUGGCUGGUUUGUUCCAAACCUGUUAUGCUUGCACAUCUGGUUAAUUCCAAACGUUUUUGGUUUUUGGUAGCUCGGUAAUGUCCGAACUAUCUAAGCCCGCAUACUUGGUUAUUUCCAAAUACUUAAUGUUUUUUAUAAUUCGGUUAAGUCCGAACUAUCUAAGCUCGCUCGGUUAAGUCCGAACUAUCUGAACUCGCGUAUUUGGUUAUAUCCAAAUACUUUUUUGUUUUUUAUAAUUCGGUUAAGUCCGAACUAUCUUAGCUCGCGUAUUUGGUUGUAUCCAAAUACUUUUUGUAUUGUAUA